GCCGGUCCGGCUCCACGGCUCUUUUUAUCCAAGCUGCAUAUACAUUUACUUGUCAAUCGCUCAAUCGGUAGUGCUAACGAAGUAUCGAUUCACGGUCUCGCGUCUCAUAGUGGGAAGCUCAUAGAUUCAAAAACAUAUUGCGCUAGAAUAGAAAAAAGCAGCAGCGGCUUAAUUUCCUUGGCCGAGCAAUCGAGGCGAGCUCGAUCGAAAAAUUGUCCAGUCGCAAUCGGCCGUCGAACGUGUCACUCAAAAAGCUCAUCGAAGCUGGCCAUUAGUCGAGUCGCACUUGUAUUAUAGCGAGUUUCUAUUUCAAUUCGGUUGCGACGACGAUCCGCGUGCGCCUACGUACGCGUGUAUAGUUUUGUCAGCGGGCCAACUUUGGCGUUAUAUUAGCCGCGACUGCUCCCUCAUGGAGAAACAUGAUUAUUUGCGCGAUGUGCAGGGCGGCGUGUCCCCGUGAAAUAUGCUCAGCAGGCCUGAAUUUCGACAACAAAAAGUGUCGUUGCUCCCGGGCGACCAGUUCGCGAUGCUGCUAUAUUUAAGUUGACGCUUCCCCUCGGGCCUGUGAACUUUUUUUGUUGCUCUUGUGCACGAGCGCGCGAUCGCGACUCGCAUAAAUAAUUGCAGCAAAUUUUCAUGUAAAUCGAGAAUUUCGCGAAGGCGCAUCCGACGAUCGGAUUGGCGUGCGUCAUCGUUUUUCUCUCAUCGCGUCGCGAUAUAUUUUUGAAUCGCACGCGAAAAUUAUUUACUCCGCGUUUGAAUAUUUCAAGAAGCAAACAAUUCGAUAGGGUAAAAUAACGUCGCCCAGUGGAUUUUGUCGCGUCGCACGGAGCGUGUAACAAGGUAUACAUUGACGCGCGUUCGCCUGGAAUAAUAUGGAGAAAAUUCGGACAUUCAUAAACUGAUUUAUUGGCACGUACGCAUGCUGAUGUUGCGGGGCAUUGGUAAAAUGAGCUCAAAAGUGAGAAACAGUCGUUAAAAGCACACUCGAGCGCGCGUGAACGAGCUUCCGAGAGAGAGAGAGAGAGAGAGAGAUAAAAUGCAUUCGCUGAUCCACCGAGCAAAUGGUCAAGUGCGUUGGUGCUCAUAAAAGUUGUCAGCAGUACAUUUAUUCGAGAGAUCCAGGCUCAGCUGUGCAGCAGGCCACAUCCCAAUAUGGAGGAGCCGGGCGCAGUGGCAGCGACAGUGGCAACGGCAACGACGGCAUCGGGGACAGAUGAGUGCGGCGACGAGGAACUGCGAGAGCUCCGAGACAGAUACGAGGGUAAACUGACGGCGUCGCUUUACACGGGUGUGCUGACUGUUGCCGCUAUCGCCACCUUCUCGGCCCUCUGCGCCCUCCUCUGCCUCUACGACUUUUCGCAGGACCUGGAGAGGAUGCAGACGAUGCUGAUACCCAUGGCGGUGCUGGCGACCAUGCUGCUGGCCUCGCUGAGCCUCCUCGUGCUGGCCCAGCUGCCCGCCGGUCUCAACUCGAGGAGGACGAGGAUCUGCCUGGGCCUGGCUGCGAGCUUCAGCCUCGGCUUCGGCUGCCUGGCUCUCAGAGCGCCCGUGCCCGCCUUCGUGGCCAUCCUGGCGAUCGUCGCGACCCUGCCCAAGGCCGGCUUCCACGUGCCCGGCCUCUUCGGCCUCGGACUGUCCAUCAUCUUUCUGCUCCAGAGGUGCCUGCUGCUGCUCUUUUACGACGACGGCUUAAAGUCCUGGCAGGUGCAGAGCGACGCGUUCUUCGCAUUAUCGGCCUUGAUAGCGGGUCUCUAUUAUCGAGUGCUAACGUCUCGAGCCCAUCAGCAGACGUUCGCCAGCACCAAGACGAUAAUCGAGUCGAGGAUAAAACUCGAGAGCGAGCGCGAGCAGCAGGAGCAGCUGUUACUUAGCGUCAUACCGGCCUACAUCGCCGCCGAGGUCAAACGGAGCAUCAUGCUGAAAAUGGCCGACGCAUGCCAGGAGGUGAGCAAACACAAGCAAACGAGAUUCCACGAGAUGUACGUGCAACGCCACAACAAUGUGAGCAUACUCUACGCGGACAUCGUGAAUUUUACGCCUCUGUCGGAGCAGCUGUCGGCCUCGGACCUCGUCAAGACGCUCAACGAGCUCUUCGGCCGCUUCGAUCAGAUUGCUCAGGACAACAAGUGCAUGAGAAUCAAGAUCCUGGGCGACUGCUACUACUGCGUGUCGGGGCUGCCGGUGUCGCGGCCGAAUCACGCCUACAACUGCGUCAAGAUGGGCCUGGAGAUGAUCGAGGCCAUAAGGUUCGUGCGCGAGGCGACUGGCUUCAACGUCGACAUGAGGAUUGGCAUACACACGGGCAACGUGCUCUGCGGUGUCCUAGGCCUGCGGAAAUGGCAAUUCGACGUCUGGAGCGACGACGUCACGUUGGCCAAUCACAUGGAGAGCGGCGGUUUGCCCGGGCGCGUGCACGUAACAAAGGCGACGCUGCAGCAUCUCGGGGAUCGCUUCCAAGUCGAGCCCGGCAACGGCCCCGACCGGGAGUCCUAUCUGGCCGAGCACAAAGUCGAGACCUACCUCAUUGUUCCACCCAAGAAAGGCAACGGCGAUGCACAGACAGUCGAGACUGGCAAAGAGAGUACCCUGCUCCGACCCACCGGUGGCUCUGUGCCCUCGAGGUCCAGACCGAGCAGCAAAAUGACCAAGUACGUCGAGUGCUGGGGUGCGGAUAAGCCGUUCGCCAACAUAGCCGAGUCGACCCUGGCCAAGAACAUUGGCCUCAACAGUAUCGCCAUGAUCGAGUCCAAUCUGCUGUCGAACAACACGAGCUGCUUCGACGUCAGGCAGUGGUGCGGCAAGCGCGACGGCAUGUCGAGCUUGACUUACUGGUUCAAGGACGCGGAGCGAGAGCGACAGUACCGGGAGCAGCCCGACGACCAGUACCCCUGGUACGUGCUGGUGUCGAGCCUCCUCUACCUCGUCAUGUUCCUCCUGCAGAUCUGCUAUCUGCCCCGAAGCCUGACGGUUUUGGGCUGCUUCGGCGCUGGACUACUCUGUCUGCUCUGCCUCUCGGUGAUAUCCUGGCUGGCGAGCCGCAAGAGCCGCUCGAGGCCCGUCGACGGUGGCAUCGAUCCCGGCGAGGAACGCGUGCUCCUGAGCCGGGCCAUUCGCGUGGCCGUCUACUUGCUCACGACCGUGUUGGCGGUCUGCUCGUCGGGAGUGAGCCUCGUCGAUCUCACCGAUUCCCAAGAGGACCGAGAGGACCAACAGGACCCUCGGGACAGCAGCAUCGCCACCAUGUACGUCAAAAGCGCCACCGUCAGUCUACUCAUAGGAUGGACCCACCUGAGGGUCGGCUCAAUACUCAAACUCCUCGUGAUGGUCUUGUCGAUCGCGACGAUUCUCGCUAUAUUUUCUCAGCACCCAAUCAUUCAGGACUUUUACGAGGAUCCAUCGAGCGAAUUCGGGGCCCUGAACUACCUGUUGCAAAUCGGCUUUCUCUUGUGCCUGGUCGCGCUGAUGCUGCACGUGCUCGACCGGCGCAUCGAGUACACCUCGAGGAUCGACUUUCUCUGGCAGAACAAGCUCAAGGUCGAGCAGGACGAGGUGGAGACGAUGCGCGGCAUCAACAAGAUACUCCUGGAGAACAUCCUGCCGGCCCACGUGGCCGGCCACUUCCUCGAGACCCGCGAGAAGGCCGAGCUCCAGAAGGACCUCUACCACGAGAGCUACGACUGCAUCGCCGUCAUGUUCGCCUCGAUACCCAACUACAAGGAGUUCUACGACGAGACCGACAUCAACAAGCAAGGCCUAGAGUGUCUCAGACUGCUCAACGAGAUCAUCUGCGACUUCGACAAGCUCCUGCUCAAGCCCAAGUACUCGAGCAUCGAGAAGAUCAAGACCAUCGGCAGCACUUAUAUGCUGGCUUGCGGCCUCAGCCCCGGUACCGAGACCGGCCUCAAUCCCAAGGCCAGUAGAAAAGAGGAGCACAACGUCGUCGUCCUCGUGGAAUUCGCCAUCUCGCUCAUGACCCUGCUCGAUCAGAUAAAUCGCGAGUCUUUUCAGAAAUUCAAAUUGAGGAUAGGAUUGAACCACGGGCCGGUGAUAGCCGGGGUGGUGGGCGCCCAGAAGCCCCAAUACGACAUCUGGGGCAACACGGUGAACGUGGCCUCGCGCAUGGACAGCUGCGGACAGAUGGGCCGCAUCCAGGUCACCGAGGACACGGCGCGCAUACUCAAGAACGCCGGCUACGAGCUCACCUGUCGCGGCCCCACCUACGUCAAGGGCAAGGGCACCCUCACGACGUACUUCGUCAAGACGCCCUUCGACAAUCGCCAGAGCACCUACUGAACUGCUCGCGGCUCAAAUUAAAAGCCAACGCGAGCCGAUGAUCGAGCCGAUACGAAAUCUCGAGAACGAUAUCUCUCUCUCUCUCUGCGUUUUGUGGUUAACCAUUUUACCUCUAUUAAAUGUGACAAUUGUAUAUCUAUGCCGAUCUCUCGAUCUAUACGUAUUUAUCGGCCGACAUCGACUCUAUCAUUGAUGUUUAUAGUUAGGACAUUUCGUAAACGAUAAUAUUAGCUCAUUUUGUCAGCAAACUUACAUUUUCAUGGAGGUGUAACGCACUCUUGACGGCGUCGCGACGCGUCGGCCUAGUAUCCUUUGUAAAUCCAUCUCGAUGUAUGUGUCUUUCUUAUGAAAUAACAUUUUUCCAUUCAAAAGUUGUACAAUUUUAUCUGCGUGUAAAUUGUAAAUCAAUUCCUUCGUUCGGUGUAAUUACAAUGAAGAAUAUCGACAAAUGUUUCAGUCAAUUAUUGUAAUAUAUUUUUCGACUUUCUGGUCUUUCGUUUCAUCAAAAGUAGAUUGUAAAUGAUCAAGUUGUAAACGAGUGAAUCACUUAAAUGAAUGGUUGGAGCUAUACCUGAAACUUUGUAUUCGUAUUUUUAUGUAAAUACGUUGAGCGUUUUCUUUUUUAUAAAUCGAUGUAUUCCUCGUUCAUUAAGCAAUCCUUUCUCAUUUCGUAGUAUAAAAUUAGUAAUUUCAAAUAUGUGAAUGAGUCAAUAGUAAGAAGAGGAAUAUUUUACUUAUCAUUUAGGUAUCUAGCAAAAACUGAUGAAAAUUGUUCAUAUUUAAUGUAUGUUUUAAAGGAGAAAAAUGAUAAAAUUCCAACAAAAAAAACAUCAUAAAAUGCGUUUUUUCUUUAAAACUUAAAAGAUAGACUUGCAUUACGUUGUGUUGCCAUUAGAAAAAUAUUCAGCUUUUUCGUUUUUAAGUUCAAAAUCAACCGUCGGAAAAUGAUUUUGCGAAAAGUUAAAGUUUAAUCAAUUUUGCAACUUGAAUUUAAGGAAUUCUGAUUAUUUUUUUAAACUUACUUUUUAGAAUUCCUUUUGUUUUAAUAUAGUUGGGAUUAAAAUUGCAUUAUUUUCUGCAACUACAGUAAAAUAUCACCUGCCUCGAGUAUUAUAUUUUUGAUUUCAUCAAGAGACACGUUAGCACCUCAUCGGCAUAUAUAAUUAUCAGAAAGCUAAAAUUCAAUUUUCAAUCUAUUUAUUUAUUUACUGUGUUGUGACUCGUGCAAUUAUAAAGUCGAGUUGAACAUUUUUCGCAUUAUGUUGAGAGAGUUAAAGUUGACUUUAGCAAACUGCGUAACUAUAAAGGUAGUUAAGUUCAUCAAGACUUGAAGUAAGCUAGAAAAAUUUUGCACACUUGUUUAGCACUGACUUGGGUGAAAUAUUUCAGAAACAAGCUAAUAAUAUUGUUGGCGGUCAAGUGCACCGGAUGGGGCGUCAGAAACGCUUACUAUUUAUAUCGAACGUCGAAUAUGUUGUAUAGGAAAAUGACAUGGUGAACAAGGGAAAGAGUUCUAUAUUUUGAAGAUCCUAUCAAUAAAUUAACACUCGCACAGAAUGGAGAAUGUAUAAAUAAUCGCAGUUUUAAUGGCUUUAUCUAAAGUAUGCAUAUGCGCUGUAUCUGCGAGCAAUCUGUAACAAGAAAUUAUCAAAAAUGAAGUAAUCAAAGUACUCGAAUACUACCGAGUAAUCUUCGACGAGCUCUAGAAUCAAGAGCCUUAUUGAUGCAUCGAGCCUACACGUGUAAACCGAAGAUCACGAAGAAACUGCGGUGCAGAUGACCAAGAAAGUAAUUGCAGCUAAAUAAAGCAAUCCGAAUUAGGCAUUUUUUCUUUAUUUUUAGUGCAUAUUUGUUUAAUGUACAGUAUUACAAGCUCACAGAUCAUCAUUCAAUUAUAAUAAAGUACUAAAAUGCACAUAAUUGCGCCAAAUAUUCUCAAUAGAUAAUGCUACUUUAUACAGUUAAAGAAAAUAUGAAUUCUAAAGCUCCUGAAACAAUGAAAAUUGUUAUUCGUUAAUUAUUCUAGUGUGUUUAUUGAGUAUAAUUUUAUCAAAAAAUAUGGAAUUUAUUCAUUUCAAUUAUUUAUUUAUCAACAUAAUAUCAUUAUCCCCAAUAAAAACAUUUCAAGCUAGGUUUUUUUAAAACUCAUAACACUUACACUAACGAAGACAGUGUUUGCUUAAAGUAUUUAUUUCAACUUAUUCUCAAAAAUUUUUAGUUUAAAAAGCAUAAGUAUUACUUACUUACAUAAACACAAAAAACCUUAGUUUCAACUUUUAACUCAUUACUUAGGAAUUUUAA